AUACAAAAACGACGGGAAAAGGAAAGAAAAAUGCUGCAUUCACGUGGAUCAGCGAGAUCUCAUUCUUUCAAGUUUUGUUGUAAUUUCGCGCGACUCCUUUUUCGAUCCAGAUUCCAGAGGCUUUUGUGUUUGCCUACCGUAGUGCUUUCCGUAGGCCUCUCUCAAUAUUGCUGAUUGAUAACAAAUCUUCUGCAAGUUGUCAAUUCACUAUCCUAUUUGCAUAACUUCUGAUUUUUUUUGCCAACUUUGAGCGAACUUGCUUGACCUUCUCUUGGUCGAUUCAUUUUUUUGUUAUUUCCUUCGCGACUUCUUGUCAGGUCCGUCGACUAAAGUGAUUUGAUUAAUUUUCCGAGAUGUGAAAUAAUUGGCUGUAUCUGAUUUCUGGCUCUGCUUGGAUACUCACUUAAUUUUUACAUGAGAUGGAAGAAUAGAAGUCGGAAUUUCCAUACUGAGAAUCUGGUCCUUUUCGUGAAGAUUGAAUCCGUUAUCGGUUGAUGUUCCGGGAAAUUGUUCUGAGGUUUUGUCUUUGUAAUUGCGUUUGAAGCUAAACUUGUGAAGAGUGUCAAGAGGCAAACAUGUUCCGGAGGGACCGCGAGAGGGAGAAUAGCAGCCAGAACGGUGGGCCGCCGUGUGGGCAGAUUAGAGUGCUCAUUGUUGGUGACUCAGGUGUUGGGAAGACUUCCCUAGUUCAUUUGAUCAUCAGAGGUUCUUCCAUUGCUCGCCCUCCUCAGACAAUAGGUUGUUCAGUUGGUGUGAAGCACACAACUUAUGGCAACUCUGGCAGCUCUUCAAAUAGUCUUAAAGGUGACUCUGAGAGAGGCUUUUUCAUUGAACUUUGGGAUGUGUCAGGACAUGAUCGGUACAAAGAUUGCAGGUCUCUAUUUUAUGCACAGAUUAAUGGUGUAAUUUUUGUUCACGAUCUCUCCCAGAAAAGAACAAAGGCUAGUUUACAGAAGUGGGCAGCUGAGAUUGCUGCAACAGGGACUUUUUCUGCCCCUUUGAGGUCUGGUGGUCCUGGCGGCCUUACUGUUCCCCAUAUUGUUAUUGGUAACAAAGUUGAUGUUGCUUCAAAAGAGGGUAGAAGAGUCAGCAGUGGGAAUCUUGUUGAUGUUGCUCGCCAAUGGGUUGAGAAGCAGGGUUUGCUUCCAUCAAGUGAGGAGAUUCCUCUGAAUGAGAGUUUUCCUGGCAGUGGAGGAUUAGUUGCAUCUGCAAAAGGAGCAAGGUAUGACAAGGAAGCUGUGAUGAAAUUUUUUCAUAUGUUGAUCAGGAGAAGAUAUUUUUCAGAUGAAAUACCUGCUCCGAGCGCAUGGUCCAUUUCUUCAGUUCCAAGACCUGCUCAGCGUAUAGAUGAUGACAAUGUGGUUGAUGAAGAUGAUCAGUCUUCUAUUGGAAGUCAAAGAGGUGACUCUUACAUGUAUAACAUGCCUCCGCCCCCUUGGGCUCCGGGAAAUCUCACUCCGCACCCUUGGGCUCUGGGUAAUCUCGCGACGCCACCCAUGCUUUAUUCUCAACAGCCAGCUUCAAUGUCUGAAAGCUAUAGCUUCCCCAGAUUUUCUUUUUCUAGCUCCUCAGAGAGCGGUGCAGGUAAUAGAACAAAGCGCUCAGAUAUUAAUGUCUGAGGACCUCUGCAUUGGGUAAUUAUUCAUUUGCUGAUACACUCACAUAUUCUUGCUUAGAAUGAAGUUAUAAUGUCUGACACAUGUUGCAAUGGCUUCACCAUUUUACUUGUAAGUGGUGAAUUCAUUCUUUCAUUUUUUUUAGAGGCUUUAUCAAUACAAGAGGUAUUUUGGGAAGCAUCAAUAGUCUUAAGAUCGAAUUUUCUGUAUUUAAAAUUUAUUUUACUUUCUGUUGAAAAUGUCGACAGUUUAUUGUCUGUAAAAUAUCAAGGGAUUUUCCCAGUUGAUAAAAGCUUAUAUAGACCAAA